AGCUCGGGUAUUCUACGUAGGAAUAGAAAUUAGACUUACUACACAACCAACUUCACACUGUAAUAAUCUGCUGUUUUUUUUAUAUAGGCCUAAAUAGUACAGUAGGUUUCUGUUUUGUCAGUCCAACCAAUAUUACAUUAAUGAAAGCUUUAGUGCUGUUGCUGGGUAGGUUUAUGAGAAAAAUUUUGUGUUUGGAAUAAGCAUAGAAAGUAAUUUAGACAAAGGAAGGCUUUCACCUACAAAACUGUAAACUACAUCAACAUGAAACUCCAGAAACAAGAUAUUACUGCCCACACUGUUUUUAACUGGUGAUAUGCUGGAGAGCUCGGAGCACCAAACACAAAAGAGAUAACUAUUUGGGCAUGUAGGUGUCCAAAUUUCUCCUUGGUGAAUUAACCUUUGUAUCAUUAUUUUUGGGGGCAUUUUAUGCAUUUAUUAGACAGAAAUACUAGGGAGAGAUGACAGGAAAUUAGGGAUAUAGAUGGGCCGGAUUCAAAUAGAAGAUGUGGUCGGCGUCUCAAUCUCUAGGUGCCCCAUAUAAAUUAUCACAGCUUACUCCAUUUAACCAUAAAACCAGUGGAAUUUGCACGAAAAUCUCACGAAUAAGUGACUGAUUCAACAAAACAAGGACUCCUGUGUUAAUCCGUCACCCAUUAGAGGCAGAGUACUGCAGAGCCCUCUUCAUCGCUGCAUCAUCGAAGUUUUCCAGAUAACUGAGAUUUCUGCUGCCAUGUAGAGGCUGUCCUGUCUUUGGUGUUUACAUCCCUGUCGUCGUUUCAAUGGGGAAAAGGAAAGACAUGAUUCACCCCAGGUUUCUCUGUGAAGGCGGCUCAAGCCUGCACAGCGUUCACAAGCGGAAACACAAAAAACACAAGAAGCACAAGAGGAAGCACCACAGCUUCGCUGAGGCCCCAGAGCCCGAGCCUGUGGUGGUUCCUCGGCCUCCUCCGCAGCUCCGACUCAAGAUCAAACUGGGAGGACAGACGCUGGGGACCAAGAGCGUUCCCACCUUCACCGUGCAUCCCGGUGUGGCUUGUCCUCCCUCCCCCUUGAUGAUUAUUAAUAAUGUUGAUGACGAUGAUGAGGACGAUGAUGAGGACGAUGAUGAGGACGACGACGAUGAGCCCUCUGUGCCUUUGGAGCAGUAUCGGGCCUGGCUGGAUGAAGACAGCAACCUGGCCACGUCCCCUAUGCCAGACAUAGACUCAGACUCCAUGCUGGGUGUGCCUGUGGACGAGGAGGAGAGGUGGUUGGACGCUCUGGAGAAGGGAGAGCUGGACGACAACGGAGAGCUGAAGAAGGAGGUUGAUGAGUCUCUGCUCACCGCCAGACAGAAAGCCCUGCUACACAAGCAGCAGAGCCAGCCUCUCCUGGAGCUCCCCAUGGGUUACAAGGAGAAAGAGAUGACCGCAGAGAUGAUGCAGAAGCGGGAGGAACGAGCCCGAAAGAGACGCCUGCAGGCCGCAAAGAAGGCAGAAGAGAACAAGAACCAGACAAUAGAGAGACUGACAAAAACCAGCAAGGCCAAGAUCAAAAGCAUGAGAGAGAGGAAGUCCAAGCAAAAUCAGUGUCCUAUGGUCCGGUACAGCGACUGCGCCCAGGGCAUGGCCAUCUCCUUCCCCACCGGGGUCCCCGCUCCGGCCCCAACACCCCCCUGUCCUCCACCAGCAGCCCCGGUGAACUGUGGGGCCAGCGGCUGCACCAACCUCAAGAAGUACUCCUGCUCAAAGACCGGCGUUCCUCUCUGCAGCCUCGAGUGUUACAAGAGGAACUUGCUGCUUGAACUUUAAGGGACGAAUAUAUCCUCAGUGGAUGUGGUUCUGUUACUACGGUGGGAUGUGAUGAAGGUGCGUACAGUCCACGUGGUUAUAAACAUUUCAUGACAUUUACGUCACACAGAUGCUCGUGACUCCACAGAUUUGGUAGGUAUAAUUUGAACUUUAAACAUAGAUCUGGUCAGGGCUAAGAAUGUGGAUUUACACUUGUUUGUAGCUGUGUCAUAUUGAUAAUAAUGGUUUUCCUGCAGUGAUGCUGGUUACACAAUUCAAUUAUGUACAUGAUGAAAUGUUAGGAUCUAAAAAUCUGUGUACCAAAUAUAAUACAAUAUUUAUGAUUUCCAUUUGUUGAAUACUACAUAAAAUGAAUAUUUUUGUAUAAGUUUGGAGAAAGAGUAGCAUUAUUUCCACUAGCUUGGACUGUUUUUCAUUUAGUCAAUAAUGUAAAAUGAUGUAUGUAAAAACUGACAAAGCAUGUCAACGACAAGAAAAGUUGAUUUGAAAGAUUAGAAGAGAAAAUGUAUUGCUUCUUUAAUCUCAAUUUUGUAACAUGACUCAAUUUCCAUACAAAACUGUACAUGUUAAAUUAAGUAACAAAUAAAAUGCCUUUCCAACACUG